AGUGCUGACCAGAAAUUUUGCUACAAUGUCUAAAAAAAUUAUUUGUUUAUUUGAUGUCGAUGGUACUUUAACUAAACCACGCUUGAAAAUUGAGCCGCAUGUUGAAAAAACAUUACACGAAAUAUCAAAAAAACAACAACUUGAUCUAGCUGUUGUUGGUGGAUCUGAUUUAGAAAAAGUAAAAGAACAAUUAGGCGGCAAUGAAGUAUUUAAAAAAUUCAAAUACGUAUUCUCUGAAAAUGGCCUUGUUGCUUACAAAGACGGCAAACAACUUCCGUCUGAGUCAAUCCAAAACUUCAUAGGAGAAGAUUCGCUACAAGAUUUUAUAAACUUCUGUCUGCGGUAUAUAUCCGAAUUGAAAUUGCCUUUCAAACGUGGUACGUUCAUCGAAUUCCGGACAGGAAUGAUAAAUGUAUCGCCAGUGGGUCGCAAUUGUAGUCACAAAGAACGUUUACAAUUUUACGAGUACGAUAAGGAACAUCAUGUACGCGAAAAGUUCAUCCAGGCUUUAAAAAAGGAAUUCUCAGAUUUGGCACUGACUUACAGUAUUGGCGGACAAAUUUCAUUCGAUGUGUUUCCUAUCGGCUGGGACAAAACAUACUGUUUGCGUCAUAUUGACGAGUACGACGAGAUUCACUUCUUCGGAGACAAAACACGGGAAGGUGGCAAUGAUUACGAGAUUUACGAGAGCGAUUUGACGGUCGGUCAUCGCGUCUCAGGUCCAGAAGACACGCUUAAACAAUUAAAAGUUCUUUGUGAAGUUCUUGAUGAAAAACGUCCAACAAUCCUCGGUAAACGCAGCGUGCCUCCAGCACCGGGAAAAAUGGCCCAUUUAGUCUCAACAAGGCCCAUUUUGGCUUCACUAGCAGCAGUCCUGAUAUCCGAAGCAAGUCCUAGCUCCAAUCCGCCUCCCAAGGCUACACCGUCAAUAGCCGCAAUAACAGGUGCUGGCAUUGUCUCGACACUUGUCAUAAAACUACGAAUCAUUUCAAACCGCUCCCGUAAAUCAGCGCCAGCAGAAAAUAUCUUUGGUACCAGGCUACGAAUAAUGAGCACCCGAACUUUCUCAUCAUUACGAAUCUUAUCAACGGCUUCAGUCAAUUGGGCCACUAGAUUUUUGCUGAAGGCAUUUCUUGCCUCAGGACGAUUAAGUCCCAAAACCGCUAUUCCAUUGUCUUUACCAUCAAGA